CAACUACCCCUGCACGAAGAACUUCUUAUCUCAGGUUGAAAUGAUCCAAUCAAUCAGCCCCCCUGGUGCCAAUUCUACAAUCACAACACGGUUCUCAUUCCACCGACUCCUUCUUUUAAUCUCUUACGUGAGUCUGGAGUCCUCGCUACCGGCAACGAUUGGGGAUACUCGGCAACUAGGGGACAUCAUCCUCCGCAGUGAAGAGGAUUGGGACCCGCAGGUUGGCCUGGAGAGCUUUGCCGACAUGAAAGGGAAGACAUGGCAACAACUUUGCCGGGACACUCAGCGGUGCUAGGAACAAAUCCACAACUAUCUGGCACAGUACCGAUUCAUCAAUUCGACCAUAUCUUGCGAUCAACUGCGCAACCAUCUCUGCUACCUCCCCUGUGGGAUUGAGCAGAUAUCGG